UUCCUAAAACCCCUCAAUGCAAGUGCAAGAAGCAGCAUACGUGAAAGCAAAGUAUAUAUGUGAAAAAACACACACACAAACAUCAACAACAAUAACACAGAGACGAGUCAUCAUCUUCUUCUUACAGUAACACUUUGUAGUUUACACAACUGCCCCCAUCACUCCAUUACAUCAUCACCUAUAUAUAGAGCCCAUAUUCCACCGCUUUUAAACAUGCCCUUCUGACCCCUUCUCUGUAUAUUCAUAUUUCUUAUCAUUAUCUUUAUUUAUCUCUCUCAGAGACACACAUACUAAAUUGGGGUUUUGGAGAGUUGGCUACUUGGUUUCUGAGCCUGUGCUGCCACUGAAUGCUGUGAGGAGGAAGAAAUGGGUUCCAGCAGCGGCUCCUCUUUCACCGUUCUACUUUGCACUCUUAUUGGAUUGUGCGCUUUGAAUCAAUGUUGCGGGGUUGGCUUAGAGGCAAACGUGACUGCACAAUUAUUUGUAAAUGCUUCUAAGGUAUCUGCGAGGCAGAUACCACAAAGUCUCUUUGGUGUAUUCUUUGAGGAGAUCAAUCAUGCUGGGGAGGGCGGCCUGUGGGCAGAGCUUGUAAGCAAUAGAGGUUUUGAAGCUGGGGGCCAAAACAUCCCCUCAAAUAUUGAUCCUUGGUCUAAAAUUGGGGAUGAUUCAUCUGUUAUUCUAUCAACAGAUCGCUCAUCAUGUUUUGAUCGUAAUAAAAUUGCACUUCAUAUGGAGGUACUUUGUGACAGCGAAGGUCCUAAAAUCUGUCCUACUGGUGGAGUUGGUAUAUAUAAUCCAGGAUUCUGGGGGAUGAAUAUUGAAGAAGGGAAGAACUAUAAACUGGUUCUGCAUGUCCGUUCCUUGAAUGCAAUUAAUGUAUCUGCAUCUCUAACCGACUCAACUGGAUCACAGACACUGGCUUCAGCUAAAAUUUUAGCUUCUGAUGUCUCAAAUUGGACAAAGUUGGAGGUAUUAUUAGAAGCAAAAGCAACGAAUCAUAAUUCAAGAUUGCAGUUGACAACCACCCAGAAAGGAGUUAUAUGGUUUGAUCAAGUGUCAUUAAUGCCAUUGGACACAUACAAGGGACAUGGUUUCCGAAAUGAUCUUUUCAAAAUGGUAGCAGACAUGAAACCAGGUUUUAUCAGAUUUCCAGGUGGUUGUUUCGUGGAAGGUGAAUGGUUAAGAAAUGCUUUUCGCUGGAAAGAUACUGUAGGUCCAUGGGCAGAGAGGCCUGGACACUUUGGUGAUGUUUGGAACUAUUGGACUGAUGAUGGACUUGGGCACUUGGAGUUCUUUCAGCUGGCUGAAGACUUGGGUGCUGAACCAAUAUGGGUAUUUAACAAUGGAAUUAGCCAUCAGGACGAAGUUGAGACAUCCAACAUUUCACCUUUUAUUCAAGAAAUACUUGAUGGUCUUGAGUUUGCUAAAGGUGAUGCGAGUACAACCUGGGGUUCUGUCCGAGCUGCAAUGGGACAUCCAGCACCUUUUGACUUGAAAUAUGUUGCUAUCGGAAAUGAGGACUGUGGCAAGAAGUACUACCGUGGAAAUUACCUCAAGUUUUACAAUGCCAUUAAACUAGCUUAUCCCGACAUUAAAAUGAUCUCCAACUGUGACGGAUCUUCUACGAAAUUGGAUCAUCCAGCUGAUAUGUAUGAUUAUCAUAUUUAUAGUGAUGCAAACAAUGUGUUUUCACGGGCUAAUGCUUUUGAUCAUUCAUCACGGAGCGGCCCAAAGGCAUUUGUGAGUGAGUAUGCUGUGACCGGAAAAGAUGCUGGACAAGGAAGUUUGUUGGCAUCACUGGCAGAAGCUGGAUUCCUUAUUGGGAUUGAGAAGAACAGUGAUGUUGUUGAAAUGGCAAGCUAUGCUCCCCUGUUUGUCAAUGUCAAUGAUAGGAGGUGGAAUCCGGAUGCUAUCGUCUUUAAUUCCGCACAAGCCUAUGGAACUCCUAGUUACUGGAUGCAACAUUUUUUUAAAGAGUCAAAUGGCGCAACCCUUCUAAAUUCGACACUCCGAUCUGAUUCAUCAGCUUCACUCAUAGCUUCUGCAAUCAUCUGGAAAAACACGGAGGAUGACAAACACUACUUAAGAUUAAAGCUUGUGAACUUUGGAAACAGUCCAGUGAACCUAAAGAUUUCAGUCCAGGGGCUCGAUCUAAAUUCAAAGUCAGCAGCUAGUUCUAAAAAGACUGUACUCACCUCUACUAAUUUGAUGGACGAGAAUUCAUUUGCUCAACCAAAUAAGGUGGCACCUGUAAAACUAGACCUGGAGAAUGCAGACAGGAACAUGGAUGUUGUUCUCUCCCCACAUUCAUUUACCUCAAUUGAUUUGUUAACGGCAUCUACUAUAUCUCCAUGGACCGAAGGAGAUGAUUCUUUCUACAGAUCAUCAAUAUAAGAAUAUACAUUACUGUAACUGUUCUUCGCUGUAACUAUUUAUUUAUGCUCCAAUAUCAAUAAAGUAAAUUAAUCAUAUUC